CUGCUUCCUCCUCUAAGGAGGCGGGUCGGCCCCGCCCCUGCGCCCCGGGUCGCUCCCCGCGGCCCCGCCCACCUCCUACUCCUGGCCUCCCCCGGCGCAGCGCACUCCCCGCCGGCCCGCAGCUUGACACGCCGCGCGGUCCCUCAGUCUCCCGCGGUCGCCUCCCCAGGCAUGGCACAGGGCCUCGCCACACUAUGGCAGCAGCGAGGCACAGCACGCUCGACUUCACGCUCGGCGCCAAAGCUGACGGUGAGGCCAUUCUGAAAGGCCUUCAGUCCAUUUUUCAGGAGCAUGGGAUGGCAGAGUCAGUGCACGCCUGGCAGGACCAUGGCUAUUUAGCAACCUACACGAACAAAAAUGGCAGCUUUGCCAAUUUGAGGAUUUAUCCCCAUGGAUUGGUGUUGCUGGACCUUCAGAGUUACGACAGUGACGCACAAGGCAAACAAGAAACUGACAGCCUUUUGAACAAAAUAGAAGAAAAAAUGAAAGAACUGAGUCAGGACAGAACUGGGCGGGUGAAGCGUUUACCACCCAUAGUUCGAGGAGGGGCCAUUGACAGAUACUGGCCUACUGCUGAUGGGCGCCUGGUUGAGUAUGACAUAGAUGAAGUGGUGUAUGAUGAAGAUUCACCAUAUCAGAACAUUAAAAUUCUACACUCAAAGCAGUUUGGAAAUAUUCUCAUCCUCAGUGGUGAUGUUAAUUUGGCAGAGAGUGACUUGGCGUAUACCCGAGCCAUCAUGGGCAGCGGUAAAGAAGAUUAUUCUGGCAAAGAUGUACUGAUUCUGGGAGGUGGAGAUGGUGGCAUAUUAUGUGAAAUUGUCAAACUGAAACCAAAGAUGGUCACCAUGGUAGAGAUUGACCAAAUGGUAAUUGACGGAUGUAAGAAAUACAUGCGAAGAACAUGUGGAGAUGUCUUAGACAAUCUUAAAGGAGACUGCUAUCAGGUUCUCAUAGAAGACUGUAUUCCAGUACUGAAGAGGUACGCCAAAGAAGGGAGAGAAUUUGAUUAUGUGAUUAAUGAUUUGACAGCAGUCCCAAUCUCAACAUCUCCAGAAGAAGAUUCUACAUGGGAGUUUCUCAGACUGAUUCUCGACCUGUCCAUGAAAGUUCUGAAACAGGAUGGGAAAUACUUCACACAGGGGAAUUGUGUCAAUUUGACUGAAGCCCUGUCGCUCUAUGAAGAACAGCUGGGGCGCCUGUAUUGUCCUGUGGAAUUCUCAAAAGAGAUUGUCUGUGUCCCUUCAUACUUGGAAUUGUGGGUAUUUUACACUGUUUGGAAGAAAGCUAAGCCUUAAAGAUGAGCAUCCCCUGAAUGUCGUGUGCUGCAAGCCGCCUUCCUGACUUCCAUAUGUCCUAUAUACCAUCAACUGAGUCAGGCAACUGGUCACGAAUUCCUUCAAGUGUUUUUUUUUAAUUAUUAUUUUUAAUUUAAAAAAGCCAAUGGGAAAAUGUAUAUUUUAAUGAGCUAGGGUGUUAAUUUUUGAAAGUCAGCUGAAGGACAAUUAGACAGCCCAGCAAAGACUGCGGAAUGCACUGACCCCCUAGAAUGUGAUUUUAGUAUUUUUUUUUCUCUGUGUGGGGUUUGGGUUUUAGUAGAUUUUAAUUUGGACAUGUGGAGGAGUAAAUAUCAUUGUUUUAUUCUGGAGAGAAGUUCCUGAUAGUGUUCCCCCCCCCAUUCCCAAAUUGACUUAGAUAUUAAAAUUUGGUGCUUUAAAAAGACUUAAGUGAUUAGCAGUGCUUCAAUUAAAAUUACAAAAGAGACCUUU